AUCCACGCAAGGUGGUUGCUCCCGGCUUGCUGGAGCGGUGAUCCGGGGCAGGCGUCGAGGCUGCGCAGCCUGCGGUCUUCCCCCCCGUACUGUCUAGGCGGCUGGGGGAUUCGCUGGCGACCCGUAUCUCCUGUGAGGCCACGCCUGGAGGGAGCGGGCCUCCAGGCUCCCAGGAUCUUGGCUAGGACGUGCUUCGGAUCGGGAAGGGCGGCGGCAUCCCCAUUACUCAACCCCCGUCGUCUCCUGUCUCCUCCCCUCUCCCCUCAGCGGAUAAACAAACACCGGCGCGUGACUUUUAAUAACUUAAAAGCAGCUUCACCAACAUAGAAAAGUUGCUUCUUCCUUCCCCGAGCGUCGGCGCUCCUCCCCAAAUCUUCCGGCGGCAAACUGGGUGGAAGGCGUGUUUAAAAAUAAAACGUUUACGUGCUGUUUACUUUUGGGAGCCUAGUUAACAUCGUGCUUUGGGGCUUCACAUCUUCUGAGCUCAUUUAAUUACAAAAUACAGUAUGUAUUCCAGUUUUAGAAUUUCAAGUUCUUAAGGGGCGUGAAGGUUCAACAGAUUCCCUCCCACCUUUUCCACAGUUCUCCCACAGGGUGGCGGCUGACGGCGCGAUGGACCUGGCUGGGCUCCUCCUGGACGAAGAAGGCACCUUCUCCCUCACUGGCUUCCAGGACUUCACGUUCCUUCCAGGACACCAGAAACUGAGCGCUCGAAUCAGAAGGCGACUCUAUUAUGGCUGGGAUUUGGAGACAGACUGCAGCCUGGAGGAGCUCUCCAGCCCUGUGGCAGACAUUACUGUGGAACUCCUUCAGAAGGCAGCACCCAGUCCUAUUCGCCGACUCCAGAAGAAAUACGUAGCCCAUGUGUCCCGAGAGGCUUGUAUUUCCCCUUGUGCUAUGAUGUUAGCGCUGGUGUACAUUGAGCGGCUUCGGCACCGAAACCCAGAUUACCUGCAACAUGUGUCAUCUUCUGAUUUGUUUCUGAUCUCCAUGAUGGUGGCUAGUAAAUACCUUUAUGAUGAAGGGGAGGAAGAGGAGGUCUUCAAUGAUGAAUGGGGAGCUGCUGGGGGAGUUGCCGUGCCCACUCUCAAUGCCUUGGAGAGGGGCUUUCUGAGUGCCAUGGAUUGGCGUCUCUACACUGAUCCUAGGGAGAUCUUUGAGGUGCUGAGUUGGCUGGAGAGCUGUGUGGCUGAGCAGCAAGGACGACGGCGGGGCUGGUAUACCUACACAGACCUGUGUGUGCUGCUGGAGCAGCCGGUGUGGCAGCUCUCUCUGGGCUCCCUCUGCCAGCAGCUGGUAAAGCUGUCCUGCCUGUUAGCUGUGGCAUAUGUGAGCAGUGUGGCCCUAGCUGUGGCAUCCGUGGCUGUAAUACACCAGUCUUUGGGGCUGUCCUGCAGCCCCUCACCAGGUCCUCCUGACCUCAAAGUGGUCUCCAAGAACCUCUUUCAGCCCUGCGUACCAUCCCCUGUGCCACAGUGCCUGCCUAAUGUCUCUAGCUGCCUGGAAGGCAACAUAGAGUUGUCUUCACCCUGGGGCAGUCUUCUGGCCCCGUUGACACGCCCUCUGACACCUCCUCCAGACCUUCCUGCUCCAUCUACUUUUUUUCACAAAUGUCCCUUUUGUCAGAAGUUCCAGAGGAGCUCCCCAAACUGCCGCGUCUGCCACCAGCCUAACCACACGGUGUCUACUGGUCCUUCUCGACCCUUUUACCAUACUUAUGGUGUGGCCCCACCCUGGCUGUGGAGUCCAGUGGUCCCUCCAUUCCUUCAACCCCAGCAGUGUUCUCUUUUUAGUGUCAUGGAGCUGGCCCGACUCAAGUCUUUCAUUUUCCCUGGUUAGAUAGGGUUGGAGGAGUGCAUUAAGAGGGCAUGGGAGGUCCCUGAGAACCUGGAAGAAGAAAACUUGGAUUUAGAUGUUUGCUACCUCUCUGGGUUCUUAGCUAGUCCCCUGUCCUCCUGGGUAGGAACCUAAGGGGUUAUGGGUCAGGACAAGGUCAUUCACUCCCUUAGACCUCAGAAGCUGGCUAGUAGGCCAGGGCACCAAUGGUGCCUGGGACAGGUUCAGCUCAGUGACCAGGGGUGUGUCACAGAUGACAGAGAAGCCCCUAUCUGUCUGCCUUCCCAAGCCUGGGCAGGUAGAUUUUUUGCUUUGAAAUUUCCAAAGAUGGAAAGAUAAAGGUGGGAGGUGAGGGAAGUGGAUGAGGAGACGAAAGAAGCACUGAUGUGGUUCUAUGUGAUGUCUCUGAGUCAGGAAAACCAGGGACAGAUGGUACCAAGAUGGAAGUUGCUGAGGGAGGGAAGGCUUCCUGAGGCUGGAAGCUUGCCACACUCAUCCUGUGGAUGUAGUUGUCACAGCCAAGGAUUGCUGCUGGGGCCUUCAACCUUGUCCUUUUUGUCUUCCAACUUUAGCGUCCUGCUCUACGGCUUCCUACUCUACUGGUUUCUUUCUAGGUGUUCUCUUCACAGGCCUUUCUGGGCACCACUGCUUUGUAUCUGGGUUUUUCAUGCUUUUGUAGAACUGAAGUUUCAAUAAACGGUUUCUGUUGCA